AUGGGGUCUGUUCAGAACGAUCGGCCUAUUCCUCAACUCACACAUUUGGAGCGUAUUGGGCCCAAGGGCUGGCUACGUUAUAUCUUUCCUUUCCAGCUUCAGGAGGGUUAUGACUUGCACGAGGUUGCUCGCGUCCUUCAAGCUGGAUACUGUGGCUUGGUUCGACGCCUGCCAGAGGCCGCAUGUGAGGCCGUUCCCGAUGUGGAAGCAAAGCAACGUGGCGUGAUGAAAUGUCAACGACGGGAGGAUGCCGAUGCGGAGCGAAUAGUGAUCAACGACCUACGUGCGUCUUACGGACAUGAAUAUACGGAGCUGAAAAAGAAGUCUUUCCCCGUAGCGUGUUUUGACGCCGAUACAUUCUGCCCGCGGUCCGUUUGGCCUUCCGCCGGGGAACAAUUGCCAAUCUCCAUGGUACAGGCUAACUUCAUCCGCGGUGGAUUGAUCUUAUCAUGGAACCUUUUUCACAUGGUGGGAGAUGGUACGACGUUUACACUGUGGACCAAGAUCUGGGCAGAGGAGUGCCGCCGCGCACAGGGCCUUGAGAUUGUGGAUCCAGUCGAACUUCCAGACAUCAUUCGGGACAACCGUGAACAAAUGAUGAAACCGUCCGGUCGCAACGCGGGCAAGCUUGAAGAUCAUCCGGAAUACACAUUGCUUCCCUUCACACCACCAGGACCGCCCCCGAAGCUCACAUCCUCGAGUCACCGCGGCCAGGUUUUCUAUUUUUCGCCCGAGUCCCUGGCAGCACUAAAGGCAGAUGCCUCUCCCAGCAAUGCCACUAAGCCAUCCGAUCAGAAGUGGAUUUCUACCAAUGAUGCUCUAUCGGCCCUGCUCUGGCGCACUGUCAUGGCAGUGCAGUCACCUCUCGAGACUCUUGAGGGAGAGCCGGUAUCCGUGUUCAAUGUUGCCCUUGACGGACGGCUACGAACAGAUCCUAAGGUGCAUCCUGCGACUCUAGGAUGCUUCCUGGAAUAUGUUGCAGUCUCAAUUUCUGUUCGCGAAAUCCUUGCGACUCUGAAUCUGGCCGAUUUGGCUAUAGAAAUUCGCAAAGCCCUUUUGCGGGCCGACAACCAGUUCACGGAUGACGUCAUUGCUCUUGUCGACCAGCUUGAAGACGUCGAUCGUCUGGUCCCUACUGCUUUCCUGGACGUUCCUGGCUUCAACUGUGUGCUAACCUCCUGGCUGAGCUUUCAGUUGUACGGUUCAGAGUGGGGACCUCUAUUGGGGAACAAUAUCCAGGCUGUGCGAACGCCUCAUGUCGGAUUAAUCAAUGGCGGCCAAGUUGUCCUCCCGGCUCUGCCUGAUGGUGGAAUGGAGAUCUUGGUUGGCGUGGAAGAGAGUUGUUUGGAUCGACUGCUGAAAGACCCACUCUUCACAAAAUAUGCUAUUGCUAGGUAG